AUGCUAUCCAAAUUUAUUACCUCCCCAUGCUUUUGUUCCACCUCUUUCUCUUCAUUCUUUUUGGUUUCCACUGUUCCUCUCUACCUCUUUGGUCAAACCAAUCCUAACUCUUGCUGCCUCCUCUCUUCCUCCUGGUUUGUCAACAAUUUGCAUGCUCUUAUUAGUCCACCUUCCAAAGGAACUCCACUCCCACUGAUUUUGCUUGGAAAGUCCAAAAACGCACUGUUAUCAACUUUCUUGUUUCUAGAUCAAAUUGUAUGGGCAGGCAGGACAGGAAUUUACCAGAACAAAGAGCAUGUGGAGCUAAUUGGCAGGAUAUCCCUUUUCUGCUGGAUGGGUUCUUCUGCUUGCACCACCGUAAUUGAGCUGGCUGAGAUUGGAAGGUUGUCUGCAUCAAUGAAGAAGUUAGAGAAGGAACUAAAGCAGAAAAAAUAUGAAAAUGAGAAAUACCUAAACAAAAUUAAACAGUCCAAUGAGAGGUUGCUAGCCCUAAUCAAAGCAUCUAUGUAUAUUGUGGUCGCGGUUGGACUGCUUCAACUUGCACCAAAGAAGGUCACUCCCUGUGUGACAGGGGCAUUUGGAUUUAUGAGCUCUCUUAUUUCUUGUUAUCAGUUGCUUCCUGCCCCAUCAAAGUCCAAGACAUCAUGAAUAAGGAUUACCAUUUGCUUCAUUAUCUUGAACUAGCAUAUUUGAGAUUCCCUGAUUCUUGUAGCUGCUGCUGAAGGAUGGUGAUCAGUUUAAUUUACCCACCUAUAUUGCCACAUGAGAACUGAUUUAAGCUCAUGUUUUGGCCAUUCCUAUUCUAUAUCUUGUAUAGCAUAUGGGUGCAAGGGAUGGAGUUUAUUUUUUUUAGUCAAAUAAAAAAGAUAAAUAUCAUAUAUCCCUAUUAUAACAACAUAUUGGACAUAUUGGAAUCUUUUAACUAA